GUUGCAACCAUUCUUGAGUGGUCCAACAAAGAAGAAGGACGAUUGGUGCUUCCCAUAUUUUAUGAUGUGCAUCCAUCCGAGCUGCGAUGUCAAACAGAAUCAUUUGAUUGGCUUGAGAAGAGAUGCAACGCCACCCAAGAAACGGUGAGAAGAGGGAGGUGGGCUUUAUCCGAAGCAUCUAAAUUAGAAGGCUUGCCUUUCGAUCCCAAGAUUGCAAUUGAACUGUUAAAGGAUCGUUUCUUCUUGUCUUAUGAGCUUAUUAGAGGGAUCAUUUAUGAAGAUGGCAGAAGAAUUGAUGGGUUUCCUUUACAUGUCGCCAAUUAUCCAGCUGGAGUUCGUUACCAAAUGAAUAGAGUAGUCAAACUUCUAGAGGUUCAAUCUAAAGAGGAAGUGAAAGUGGUAGAAAUUUGUGGAACUCAUGGAAUAGGUAAAUCAACCAUUGCAAGAGGUCAAUGUAACUUCAUUGCUCAUGAAUUUAAAGAUUUAUGGUUUCUUUCUGACGCUAGCCAACUUCCUCACAACAAUGGUUCGUCACGUCCUAUAGAGAAAUCGCUCCAUGACAGUCAGGGGAAAGUAUUUUACAUUGAGUGAUUUCCAUAGUUCAAUAGCACAACAGAAAAAGAUUCUUAUAAUUCUUGAUGAUGUUGAUGAAUCAGAGCAAUUACAAGAACUUGUUGGAAGAUGUGAUUGGUAUGGUUGUGGAAGUAGAGAAAUCAUCACCGCAAGGAAUAUACAGUUGUUAUAUAGCCAUGGGAUUCAAACAAUUUAUGAUGUUGAGAAAUUAAAAACUUUAGAAGCUCGUGACUUGUUAAGCUGGAGUAACUUUAAGAAUUACAUGUUGGAGGUUGGUUACUUUGACGUUUCGAGACGUGCACUACAUUAUUCAAGUGGCAUUCCAUUUGCUUUGGAAGUGAUUGGCUCCUACUUAUGUGGUAAAACUAUGGAUGAAUGGAAUUCUGCAUUACAUGAGAUGGAAAAAUACCCAAUAGAGACGCUUUUAUGCAACAAUAGGCAUUUCAUGAAUGUUGAGGAGCAGCUCAAGGAGCUAGCCAUUUUGGAAGAGAAAGAACCCCAAUCUUGUUACAGAGGAAAAAGUUUGUUAAACAUGCAUGUGGAAGAGCAGCUCAAUAUAGUGUUUCCAUGAAAAAACAAAUAGGAAUUAAGGUGGUUCAGCAACAUGGCAGCAUAUGUGUUCAUCAUCGAUUGUCUUGGUUGAUGUGAUAUAUCCUAUAUUUUGUUCUAUCAAAUACUCUCCAAUCACAAAAGAGGAGCUUUUUGCACAAGAGCUGUUUGCACAAGAUAAUAUAUCUCGCAAGUAAAUCAUAUCGCCCUUGUAAGUCAUGCGGAGAUGUGAUCUUCUGGUGCAUGGUUAUUAACAAAAGCAGAGUGCAUGACAAGGAUAUAGAUUGUGUACUAUAACUCACUCAUGCAUGCCAUCCUUGCACAGAGCUCAUGUUAAUUUUCUCUGUAUCUGUCAUGGUCAAGGCCAAUUCUAAAGCGACCACAAGCAUGGAAACAUCUGGGCUAAAAAUAGGUGAAGCCCAAGGAUUUCGUCGCAGCCUAAGGGUUCCCAAACCCAUGGGGAAGGCUAGGACCAAUACGGGCGUUUAGAGGAUGUCAAAGCGUAGGAGAAGGCAAGGAUGAUUUGGUGUAACUUUUCCCUCUGA